GGUCGUGAGAAAAGGUCUUUAUGCAAGCGCUCGAUUUAAGAAAAGUCUAGAAACCACUUAAAAAUGAGAAAAGAACUAGUAACUAGCUAUCGAACAAUGCUUAAUAAGUGCAUUCAAAGGUAAACGUUAAAUAAAAUUAUUUUAGUUAAAUUAUAUUUAGAAGUAAUGGGCGGUCACAAAAAACCUGCUUAUAUUAGGCCUGAUGGGAAGUAUGACUUAGUGAAAGCCUUGGGUCGUGAAAAUCUUGAAUACUUGAUAGCUAAGAAAUCUAUAGGUCCUAGGACAAAAUUGAGAGACUUUUGUGUUUCGAAAUCGUUAUAUUAUCUUUUGAAGCAGCAACUUCAGAGACUGAAACGCGAAGAUGAGUUAGCUGCUGUAGUGAGGAAUGCCAAGAAAUCUGCAGCUAAAAUGCAAAAAAUUGCCAAAUUGAAUCGAAAUAAGUUGAAAUGUCGUGCUGUUGAUCCAAUUUACAUAAACGGAUUAUAUGAACAUGAUGACAGCCCUGUCGCAUUAAGCACUACUACAUCAUCGUCGUCGUCUGCUUCAUCAUCAGGCGACGAAGAUACAAAAUCUUUAUCUUCUGGAUCAGCUUCCUCGUUAAAUGAGCUUUCGGUUUCUGAUAAGUUUGCUUUACCAGCAGCAGCUAAAAAGAGGAAGUUGGUGGUAUCUGAGCAGGAGGUAAACACAUCUCAAAGUCCUUCGAUUCCAAGUACAUCUGCAGCAGAAGAAGAGGUUGGAGAAGCAGAUAAUAAUUAUUCUCUCCACGCAUUAGAUGAAGAAUACAUGAACUUGGGAUCAAAUAAUAAUCGAGCAGUCAGUCCCGAUCGCCUUAAAGAAACAAUUAUCCAGUAUAUGGCCGAAAUAAAUCAAAAAGAAUUGGACUAUAAUCAAUCAAGUACUGACUGUUCACUCGAUGAUAAUCCACCUGCUUCAAAAAGGAAACAAAAUACGAUGCUGCAUUCAUUCAAUCAACACGGCCAUAAUUCGAAUGACAUUCGCAAUAAGCCGCUAUUUUUGGACUUAGUUAUUGAACGCGCAGUAUCUGAUAAGCAGGAAGAAAGUGAAUCAAAAUCAGAAACUGGCAAUAGCAGCUCUAGUAGUGAUGAAGAUGAAGAGCCUUUUAAUGAUGAUGAACUACCUGCAAAAGAAGCUGCUAUUAUUCAAGAUCAUGCUGCAUUUGUCAACAAUUUCUUUAGCAAAUAUGCAGAAAACGAAAUUGCUGAUAAUGAUGCUGCUGUUGACAACGAAGAAAAAGUUAUUUCUCCCGAUGAUCUGCAUAAUUUGAAAUCAGUUAUGGAUCUGGAAAUCAAAGUAAGAAUGAAAGAUAUUGCUGCUAAACAUCCAAAGAAAGAAAUAACAUGGGAUAAUCUUCUGAAACAUGUUUUUUCACAUUUGAACUUGCCAGAAUCAAAAACAACAUUUGUAUUUCAAAUGCUGUCGAGUUCGAAGCUUGAUCCUAAACUGGCAGAAUUGCCAAGGUCUGGAAAGGUAUUAAUGGAGCCAUCGCGUCCUCAAAUGGAAACUGCCAGAUUGGAGUACAUGCCAAUACCGUGUGGUGAAUUCGGUACAUAUGCACAUUACGGAUUGCUUGCUGGAUUACUUGGAUUUUCGAUAGGAUCAAUUUCUAAAGACAUCCGCUUUUAUCUUGAUGAACUGGUUACUCGAUUUCCUGAAUACUUUGCCAAAACUGUCAUUGAUACAAAACCAUCCUUUGUGACUGGUAAACGGAACAAAUACAAUAAAGAUUUAUUGAAAUGGCGCUGGCAAGUCAUUCGUAGGAAGGCUGAAUCAGUAGCUGCAGCAGCAGCACUUAAAAGAAGUUAUUUAUGUACAGAGGCUGUUUCUGAAAACGUACCAAAUUCAUUAGCAGUGACGCUAGCAGAAAUUCCUGCCUUGAAAGAAAUUGCUUGUUCUGAUGCUGUUAAAAAUACAGAACAGUCUGCUGAUGAAGUAGAUGAACAAGAGGUACUUGAAGAAGACGAGUUUGAAGACCUGCAGUAUCAUUUGUCAAACAACGAACAUUCACCGCGUAAUUUAGAUGUAAACCUAGGCGGAAGUGAUGACAGCAAUGAGGAUUUUAGUGAUGCUGAUGAUGAGGCUGAGGCUGAAACAGAUUCAAAUGAACAAAAUUGCCCAAUGCCAUCAAACUUUCCGUCAGUAAAGAAGAAAAAAUUAAUUACAGUAUCAUCAGAAUCUCGUCCAGCAACUACUGCUGCUACUGCUACUACCGAAAAAUACAAAAUACCAUCAAAGGCAACAAAAAAGAGAGUCUUGGGUUACAAUGUCAGCGAUUUGUCGAAUUCGGACUUGUACUCGACCAACGAAGAAAGACCAGAGCACAUGUUCCGCAAAUCAACCUCUGAAGACUCAGUUGAUGAAGGUGUUGAUGCCAAUGUGGUCUAUAAACAAUUUAUAGCUAUUGGUCAGAAGCAAAAUCAUUGUCAGAAGUGUAAGGGAAGCAACAAAAUCCCCCAUCUUGUCUAUGAAGUCAGCGCAGAUGGAGUGCAAAUCCAAAAAAAAGCUGCAAAAUCCGCUUGUUGGCCAAUAAUGGGUCAAUUAUUAUAUAUAAGUCCUUGCACUCACCUAGAAAAUUGUGUCCGCUUCUACAUGCCACGAAAUUCUAAACCGGUCAUCAUUGGUUUUUAUUAUGGAACUGCCAAGCCGUCCUGUCCUAAUCAAUUCCUGAAAUGUAUUUUCAAGGAAAUGAAGUUAGCAAACAAACGUCGAUUGUGCACAAUGUUUUUGAAAUUCUUCAUCGGUGACGGCCCAGCCAGGCAGUUUAUAAAAGGAUUCCCAUCUUCAAAUGCCUAUUGCGGAUGUGAAAGAUGUGGUGAACGCGGUGUUUCCUUGUGCAAAGGCAUCAACAAAAAGACCGGUGGACCUCGAAGAGGCCAUUUAUCAAUUGUUCCAACCCGAAAUUUACUGAUGCGAACAAAGGAAAAUUACCUGGAUGCUGACAUGUAUCACAAAAAAGUUCCUGAUCCACACAACAUUCUUCUGAUGUAUUCGAAGCAAACAGAAGGUCGGUUCAACAUAUUGCAUAGUAUUCCACUUGAUGCUAUGCAUACUGUGUAUAGUUGUGCUGUUCCCUGGCUUUUUCAUUACACAUGGAUUGACGGCAAGAAAGUGAAAGGUGGAAAAUUCUCUAAAGCAUUAAUGGAUUCAUUGGAAUUGAAGUUGAAAAAAGUGAAAGGAUGUUUGCCAUAUGCCAUCCAGGUCAACAUUGGCACCCGUUAA